AUGACGCUGUUUGAUGAUAUGCAGAAAAUUCUAGCCAAACCAUAUAUGUGCUCUGCAAUGGACCUGUUGGCCCAGAGUUCCCUUCGCUACGCUGCUGGAACGAAAGUCACCACUCUACGGCGCAAUCUUGCAUUCACCAGUGCCCUCACCACUAUGAGUCUUCGUUGUAUCAUGUCAAUGCAGAUGCUACCAAUGCUGCCAGUAUUCAGACUCCUAAACCUUGUCACCACAAUUCCCCAAGGAUUUUUGUUCCUAAAUGUAAAUGGAAAGAUCGCUGAUGAUGGAGUUGGUUUAACAGGAAUCCUUCGAAAGGAUUUCAGAGAGAACAUCGUCAGGAAGUAUCUGGGUUUUAACAGAUCAGUUGAAUUAGCUUCUGACAUGCUGUUUUCCCUGCUUAUUCACAAUGUCACCAGUGAAGACUUUGGAAAGUAUCAGUGUUCAAUGUGGGCGCCUCUUGGGACACGAAACAGACAAGCAGAUGUGCACCUCAGGGAAGUGGGUAUCCUUCAGUCAAAGAGAUUUGGACAACAGCCAACUAUCUUACCAGUUGUUCUGAUCAUUCUGGGUUCCACACUCUUAAUCUUUGUGGUUUUUCUAUCCAUUGCAUGUGCAAGAAAUCACAAAAUGGCUCUAGAUUGUAAGAAAUUUAAUAAAGUACAAGCGACCCAAUGUUCCUGGGAAAGCUGCUAAGUGCUUAAAAACAAAACAUGGGAGAAGGUAGAACAGUUCGUGUCUACUAAGGGCAAAACAAAUGAAGGAGCAGCACUCCGAAAACUUGUGAUUUCAAAUAAACCUGUUGGACCAUAUGACUUCUGACCUCGCAGAUUGCAAACACCAAGCAGAUACCCCAUUGCUGUUUACUGGUUGUGAGAGAGCUCUCAUCCUGUUACAGUCGUUCGGGGCCAUCCCAGGUGCGCUGAGAGCUGCCUGUGUGCACCAGAAGACCAGUUCAAAAUUGGUCCAACAGUCCAAAGCCAACUGGACUCUAUCAUGACAACCAAGAUUUUAUCCCAGGAAAUCCCAGAGCUCCUCUGUGGGGAUGAAGGGGAAAUCAGUGGGGGAGACCAGGGAAUCCAAAACCUCGCCAGAGUCUGACUGCGUCACACCAACGCCUGUCACCAAGCCCAGAUCCUCCUCCAAGUGGUUGUCCUCGGCCACGGGCCCCUCCCCCACUGUUAGAAUAGGGGUUGGCCAGGUGCCACCAACUAACUCCAUUCUCCCAGUGACACCAGCCCCUGAGUCACUGGCAGGGGCUUACCCAGUGGAAUCCACUAGGGGAAGUUCUGGUUCUGUGUCAUUGGGUGGCAGAAACUCAGGGGACCCACUCCUCUCCUGACACUGGGUCACCUGGCCCCUCAGGGAAAAGGUCCUCCCCCAUGACCAAGGUACCUGCUAAAACAGUCUAGGAGGGAGAAGUGAGGAAACCACCUUCCCCCACCAUGCAAUGACCCAGCAAGGCUUACAAUAUCUGCACCGCAGCCCUCGCAGGGCUCUGACUUGACCCUGGGGGUCAUUGGGAUUUUGGCAGCAGGAAGCCCUGAUGUAAUCUCCAAGGCUCUGGACCUGACAGGCUAUGACACUGGAAGGGCAGAAGGCACCACAAGCUCUCUCCUUGCAGGGAAUAGUGCCUCUUCUUCAUCAUGAUGAUGGUCUUCUUAGCCCUGCCACCCCGGUGUUCUUGGGAGUGUCGUGCCUUCCCACCAGCUGCUCAAAAAAUAUUAUUGGUUGGGGGUGAGGCCAGAGGAUUGACAGUUCUGCCACUUGCGGUUCCCCAGAAUCCCAAUGAUCAGGUGAUGAAGGGUGGGGCUGGAGGUGGUGUAGUGGAGGCAAUCACAGGAUCAGAAUUUAUUUGUGUGGAAUCAGGCCUGGAAUCCUUGGACUCAGGAUCGAGGCUACUGAUCUUUGGUGAAUGGGGAUCUGGCUCAGAAUCCCGCGGCUCGGGUGCACAGGACUGGGGUUAUAGCACUCAACCGACAAGGGGAGGGGGUCAGGCUCAGGAUUCCUGUGCCAAAGUGACACAGAUGCAGCCAUAGGGGCAUUUGUGACUCGGUGGGGGCAAUUGAAUGGACUCUAGGGCACAAGGGGACACAUCCAGGUUGGCAGCCGCCAAGUGUCUGCUUUUACACUGCACCUUUUUUCUGCCUGGCACCCAACCCACUCCAAGCCAGAGGUAGUGGGAAUGGCGACAACAGGCUCAGGCUCCCCUUGUGGAGUUCUAUGUGUUACUUUUGAGGCGGGGAAGCACCUUUUGAGGCAGUGCCAUCAGCGGCCGCUGGUGUAGUUUUGACAACCUUCGAAGUGGAGCACGUGCUUCUUGCACAAGUGACACCAUUCAGAAGGCACAGUCGGCCGCCCCCUCAUGGUGUAGAGUAAAUGCCCUCUCAGUUCACCUCCUCCCAGACCUAAUAACUAAACACCUGGUGCCAGAAAGAGUAGAUGUGUUGGAGGCUGCUUUCCCCAAGCCCGAGCAGGAAUGCACAAUACCCAACUUUACCACUCCUAACAGCUGUAAACAAGAGAGGAGAAGCUCGCGAGGGUGGAACACUGGAGAUCACAACUCUCUGUGCCAUGAGCUCCAAGGGAUCUACUGGCAAAAGGUCCCACCCACAGUGAGCCCCCUCUCCAAGGCCAGGUUCACCACUUGGUCUUGAGAAAAAGACAACCUUCCCAUACAUCUUCAGGCAGCAAUGAUAAGACCAUAAGACAUAGGAGCAGAAAUUAGGCCCUUCAGCCCAUCGUGUCUGCUCUGCCAAUCAAUCAUGGCUGAUAAGUUUCUUAACCCCAUUCUCCCGCUUUCUUCCUGUAACCCUUGAUCCCCUUGACAACUAAGAACCUAUCUAGCUCCGUCUUAAAUAUACGCAAUGACCUGGCCUCCACAGCCUUGUGAGGUCAUGAAUUCCAUAGAUUCACCACUCUCUGGCUGAAGAACUUUCUCCUUAACUCUGCUCUAAAAGGUUUUCCCUUUACUCCAAGGCUGUGCCUUCCAGCCCUAGUCUCUCCAACAAUGGAUUCUGUCCAAGCCAUUCCGUAUUCUAUACGUUUCAAAUAGAUCCCACCUCAUCCUUCUAAACUCCAUUGAGUAUAGACAUUGAGUCUUCAAAUGUUCCUCAUAUGUUAAGCUCUUCUUUCCUGGGACCAUUCUCGUGAACAUCCUCCAAACCCGUUCCAGGGCCAUUACAUCUUUCCUAAGAUGUGGGGCCCAAAAUUGCGCACAAUACUCCAAAUGUGGCCUGACCAGAGCCUCAGAAGUACAUCCCUGCCUUUAUAUUCAAGUCCUCUCAAAAUAAAUGCCAAAGUUGCAUUUGCCUUCCUACCUACUGACUCCAUCUGCAAGUUUACCUUGAGAGAAUCCUAGACUAGAACUCCCAAGUCUCUUUGAAUUUUCUCCCCAUUUAGAAAAUAGUCCAUGCUUUUACUCUUCUUACCAAAGUGCAUGACCUCACACUUUCCCACGUUGUAUUCCAUCUGCCACUUCUUUGUCCACUCUCCUAACCUGUCCAAAUCCUUCUGCAGCCUCCCCACAUCCUCAAUACUGUCACUCUACCUACCUUUGUAUCGUCUGGAAACCUAGCCAGAAUGCCCUCAGUUCCUUCAUCUCGAUCAUUAAUAUAUGAAGUGAAAAGGUGUGCUCCCAACACUGAUCAUUGUGGAACACCACUUGUCACCGGCUACCAUCCUGAGAAAGACCCUUUUAAUUCCACUCUCUGCUUUCUGCCAGACUGCCAAUCUUAUAAUCCAUGCUAACACCUUGCCUUUAACACCGUGGGCCCUUAUCUUACUCAGCAGCCUCCUGUGUGGCACCUUGUCAAACACCUUCUUCAAGUCCAGGUAGAUAACAUCCAUUGGCUCUCCUUGGUCUAACCUGCUCAUUACUUCCUCUAAGAAUUGAACAGAUUUGUUAGGCAUGACCUCCGCUUGAUGAAGCCAUGCUGACUUUGCCCUAUUUUACCAUGCACUUCCAAGCAUUCAGAAAUCUCAUUCUUCACAAUGGGCUCUCCAAUCUUACCCACGACCGAGGUUAGGCUAAUCGGCCUGUAAUUUUCAGUCUUUUGCCUUACUUCCUUUUUAAACAGGUGUCACGUUAGUGAUUUUCCAGCCCUCUGGGACCCUGCCUGACUGUUGUAAUUCCUGAAAGAUCACCACGAACACCUCCAAUAUCUCUUCAGCUAUCUCUGUAAGAACUCUGGGGUGUAGUCCAUCUGGUCCAGGUGAUAUAUCCACCUUCAAGUCAUUAAUUUUUUUCUAGCACCUUCUCCUUUGGUGAUGGCCACCAUACUCAGCUCUGCCCCCUGACUCUCUUGAAUUUUUGGGAUAUUACGUGUGUCUUCCACUGUAAAGACUGAUGCAAAGUAAUUAUUCAGUUCCUCAGCCAUUUCCAGCCAUCGCCUUAAUACAUGCCUGUGGUCCUGUGCAGGUUAGCAUAAGUUUUGACCCCCAGGUUUUUUGUAAAGUUCUGAAAGGUGAAGGAGCCACAAUAGAGCCGAAACAGCAGCCACCCCGGAGUAGGCUCAGCUGGGUCCUGCAGCUGGUGAUCAUGAUAUUAAGGUCACCAUUUCAAAUGUAUCGAGAAAGGGGGUGGGGAACAGCUCAGGGAAGGCAGAAGUCCCUGAUACGGCUGAUGAGUUCUAAAAGUGGUUGCCUCAGCAGCACUCACAACAGUCUAAAGGUGGAGCCCAGGCAGCAGCAACGUGACCAGCACCCAGUCCCAGGGCAGGGCCUAAGCAGCAGCACUAAUACAGGACCCCGAGUCGACCCUUCUCCCUUCAGGAUAGUCUUCUCUCUUGUCCUCCAUGCUCUCCACUUCCGCUUCCUGUGGGUGUGGUAGAUUUCCCCACAACAUCUUUCAGUUCAGGGGUAGAGACGCUACCACUACACCACAAGCAUAUUUAAUUUUUUUUAAGAGGGUCCCAUUUCCUUUUCUUCCCCACCACCACCCCUUCCCUAUCCAGUCACUUCACUUGACAGAGGAGGAGCACUCCAAAAGCUUGUGAUUUCAAAUAAACCUGUUCGACUGUAA